AUGGUCUGUGUUCCUUCUUCCUCCAGUGUCAUGGAGCUGGCAAACCUUAUCUCCCAAUCAAUCCCAAAGCUGCAGGAUGAAUCCCCUCAGCGUGCAAACGACGCCCGUGGAAAUGUGAUUGAGGCCUGUAGCAAGAUGCUGGCUCUUGUUACCAGCCCUGCAGAGAUGCUCAAAGAGAUGGUACUGAUUAAUCUGGCAUCCUUGCAAGUCAUCAACCACUACCAGAUCGCUUCUGUCGUUCCUCUCAAUGGGCAUAUCCCUAUAUCUGAACUAGCCAAUAAGUGCGGACUACCCGUGGACAUCCUACGUCGGAUCUUGCGACAGGCCAUGACGUACGGCGCCUUCAGCGAGCCGGAGCCAGACUGUAUUGCGCAGACAGACGUCUCCAGGGAGAUACCCCGGCUGUCGCCGCUGCUUACCUACCAGCUUGACGUUUGUUUACCAUCAAUGGUCCGGCUUCUAGACUGGUUGAAGGACGUCGACGGAGAACACGCGUGCGCAUAUCAGAUAGCUCAUGACACCAAGGAUACAUGGUGGUCGUAUGCUUCCAAGAGACCAGAACUGAUCGAGAAUUAUGGCAAGUACAUGGCAUUGAUUACAAGUGGUGGGGCCCACGAUGUGAGUUACGUUCUGAAGGGCUUCGCCUGGGAGAAGCUGGGAAACGCCGUUGUGGUGGAUGUUGGCGGUGCGGAUGGAUUCGUCGGAAUUAGCCUCGCAAAAGAGUAUCCCAAUCUAGCGGUCAUCGUGGAGGACAAUCUCGGGUUGAAGGAUAGUGCCGAUGACAACAUCCCUCAGCAUUUGAAGUCAAGGGUGGUCUUCUUGCCUCACUCGUUUUUCAAACCCCAAUCGGCAUUGAGUCGCGAUGCGGACGUGUUCCUCUUGCGACACAUCCUGCACGACUGGAAUGACAAUGAUUGCCGUGCCAUUCUGCAGGCUCUUGCUGCUAGCAUGAAGCCGGGAGCAUCCAUCCUCGUGGCAGAGCAAAUUCUUCAAAGGCCUGGAGCUGCGUCCUGGCAGCGUGAGCGAGUCAUGAGAGCAUUAGACAUGCAGAUGAUGAUCCAGUUCGGAAGCAAGGAGAGAGCCUACGAGGACUGGGACGCAUUGUUUAAGUCCGUCGACCCGCCAUUGGAAAUUGUGGACUGCGUGCAGCCGGUCGGCAGUGCCGACUCCUUCAUGGAAUUGAAGAGGAGAGCAUGA